CGCUCUUAUUUCUUAACAUAUCCAGCAAUGACGCAUUACUAGUUAAACGAGAUAACAGUAGCUCGAUGGGAAGUUGGGAAGAAGUCGGAAGGACUGGAGUAUCCGCUAUGCACAUCACGUUGAUACAGCCCACCAAAAUUCUUAUUAUCGAUAAAGCUGAAAAAAAUCCUGAUGCUGUAUACCCCGAUGGAAGGUUCGCAUUCACUACUGAAUACGAUUUAAAAACAAAUACCUUUCGUGUUCUCACCCUAUCGACAAAUACCUUUUGUUCCGCCGGCUCCUACUUGGCAAACGGAACAUUGAUCGAGUCUGGUGGUGCGGAAGACACAUUUGGUGCUGCGGCAGGAUUUCAAUCAGUUCGACUGUUCACACCUUGCGAUUCCAGUAGCAAUACUUGUGAUUGGAUGGAAUUUCCCCUUUAUCUUGAUUCAGCUAGGUGGUAUAACACCAUGACUUCAUUACCAGAUGGUAGAAUUUUCAACAUUGGGGGGUCAAUAAAAGCAGUUGCAAUCAACGAGAAUAAUGUCUCGAACCCUACAUACGAAUUCUAUCCAAAAGAGGGUAAGAGCAUUCCUAUUCAAUUUCUUCUGAAUACAAUGCCAUACAAUCUCUAUCCAGUUGUCAUUGUGCUUCCUGGCCCACCAGAACAAAAUUGGCUCUACAUGGCAGCAAAUAGAAAAGCUCAAAUCUGGGAUUAUGUGAAGCAAACUGUUGUAAUGACUUUACCGGAUAUUCCUGGUGGCCCGCGUACAUAUCCAUGUACCGGAACAUCCACUCUCUUACCCCUUCGUUACGAAAAUAACUAUAAACCAGAAAUAAUAGCUUGUGGUGGUAGUGCCGAACCUUUUGCCCCAGAUUCGGUCACCGACAAGGAUUGUGUAAGACUUGAUUUAUCACAAAAAAAUCUUAGUUGGGUUAGUGAACCAUUUGGUGACCUUCCCACAGGACGUCUCAUGUCUGACGUUAUACAUAUGCCCGAUGGGAAAUUAUUGUUUUUAAAUGGUGCCGGUCAAGGUUACGCCGGAUGGGAUAAGGGAACACCUACAGAUAGACUUCACGUAGCUAGUAACCCUAUCAAGACUCCUCUUCUUUACGACCCGAAUGCUCCUUUGGGAUCUCGAUUCACCAAAAUGGCUGAUGCCAAAUACGUUCGUGUAUAUCAUUCAACCGCCAUGUUAAUUCCGGAUGGUAGAGUGUUUGUUGCGGGAAGCAAUCCAAAUGGUGCUUAUUGUGAUAAUUGCGAAUACCCGACCGAGUACCGUGUGGAGAUUUUCACUCCCCCCAAUCUAUUAAAUGGCGUUCCUCGCCCAACUAUCAAAAGCGUUGCCGGUUUGUCUACCUUUAAUACGCUCACUGCCAUUUCCGUCACUUACGGGCAAACAAUAACUGUAUUAGUGGAUUUAAACGACAAUUCACCCACUUUUACGGCCGCCAUAAUUCAUAAAGGUUUUAUUACACAUUCUCAACAUAUGUCUGCACGGUACGUGAGUCUCAAGGUAGAAAGUAAGAUACCUACGAAAACGGGAUACGCGAUCGAUGUCACUUUACCACCAAAUCCUAAUAUAAUGCCACCAGGCAGACAUAUAUAUCUUUAUGUGUUGAAUAAGGGAACUCCGGCCGACACUGGUGUUGAGUUGAAUCUUCAAAUUAAAACUUAG